UUUUUAAGUGGACCAUGUUUUACUUUAACCUGUAACGUGUGGACAUUUCUUCUCGUGGGGACAUUGUGGAGCAGCCUGAACUGAAGGAACUUUUAGGUUGGGGUUAGGAGAGAGCAGCAUUGGUUAGGAUUUUGUUUCUGCCUCCUGCAGCCUUUAAAAUGACAUAAAUGGAAAUAAUUUGUGGUUUUAUUCGCGCACCUUUUUGCUCAUAAUGAACAUGGAGCUUAUUUCAGCUCAGCCGUGAAACCUCCCCUCGCCUCUAAUCUCCUGGCAGAACACACACCCGCGGUGGGAGGGGACCGGGACCGGACCGAACAGGGGACCCAGCAGACUUCAGAGGACCUUGAUCACCAUGGAGACCCACGCGCUCAGCCUCCUACUCAUCGCCCUCGCGACCCUGCUGCUGCUUCCUCCGGGACCGGGACUCCGGCAGCCGGUGGUGGGAGCGGAGUACUCCACCAAAACCGAUCCGGAUUACGAGUUCGGUGACUACCGGGGGAAGUGGUGCAUCGAUGACCACGGCUUCGUUUACAACAUCGGAGAAGUUUACUUUCCAAGUCCAACCGCGUGUCCGUGCACGUGCACAGUGGACGGUCCAGUGUGCGUGCGACCCAGGUGUCCCCGCAUCCACCCGCGGUGCACGAGGAUCCGGUUCAAGGCGUGCUGCCCGGUGUGUGAGGCCAUGGCCCGGGUGUGUGUGUACGGAGGCAAAACCUACAGACCUCUGGAGGAGUUCAGGGUGAGAAACAUUCUCCUCCAUCACCUCCCCAUCCUUCACGUUCAAGUUAACCAGUGAUUCUGACCGGAACCU